UAUUAUACACGUCACCAUAGGACUUGGGAGAGAUGUCACUAUGAUGAUAUCGAUUAUUAAUUCACGUCUAAUUCCACACAGCCUCCCCCAGCUGUCUUCAGACGAAACCCAUUCCUACGCACCGGCAACAACGAACCUGGUCAGGACUAUAAGGAGACUAACCUGCAAGGAGGAAGUGCAGCUAACCACACAGAAGGUUCAGUAUGUCAAGCCCAACACCAGCUGAAGAUGAGGUGCCAGCAAUCCAAACAGGCCCCAAGGGUGUAAUCAAUGACUGGAGGAAGUUCAAGUGUGAGGACCAGGACACCCCUCCAAGCAAGAAGGCGCUCCUCAGACAGAUAUCCAACCCCCAGAGCGAUGACGUCCACGACAGACUCAACCGCAAGAUGAGUGUCCAGGAGUACGAGAUGAUCGCAGAGGAGGAUGAGAAGGGCCUGCGAAAGUACCGCAAGCAGUGCAUGAAGGAGAUGCACGAGCGAUUCAGCUUUGGGCCGACGUUUGACAGCGUGGUGGAGCUGGACAAUGGCGAGGCCUUCCUGGAGGUCAUUGAGAAGGAGCACCGGCUCACCCUGGUAGUCGUCCACAUCUACAAGGACGGAGUCAAAGGUUGCGAGGCGCUCAACUCCUGCCUAGAUUGCCUGGCCACCGAGUACCCCAGCAUCAAGUUCUGCCGCAUCGAGGCGGCCGCAACGGGUGCAAGCGAGCGCUUCUCAGACGACGUGCUGCCCGCCAUGCUGGUUUACAAGGCAGGCGAGCUACUAGGAAACUUCCUGUCCAUGACACAGCACCUCAGCGAGGAGUUCUUCGCCGCCGAUAUCGAGGCAUUCCUCAAUGAAUACGGCCUCCUGCCCGAGAAGGAGUUUGUGGCCUGUCCUGAUGAUGAGGAGGAGGCAGGUGUUGAGGUGGAGUAAGGUUUUUUUUAUAUAGGGAGUCAGUGACAGUCAGUGCACAUUUCUGGACCCAUUAGCCUACUGUAAAUGCAAUAUUUUUAAACAGCCUCCAGUCAGCUUCAGUUUACCACAGGCAGUGUCCAUUAACUUGAGAAAAGCUACAGAUUUAACCAUUGUAUUGGUAUAUGAUUGAUAAGUAUAUGACAACGCAAUCUUUGUGUAAGGUUGUGUUGGCGUCACAGUAUGUGAUCCGUUUAGAGUAAUGCACCCCAUUUUAUGGCUUAGGUUUGUUUAUCACCAUUGGCCCAAUGUCAUUGUAUUUUCUGCUAUAUUUUCAUGAUGUUUAAAAUCUAAAGGGGAUAAAGUGUUAACCCCAAGUCAGUCAUUAAAAGCAGUAUUUCCCCA